CAGCCACUCUUCCAGGAUUACACUUUACUCCCACUUCCCGACGGUAAUAAAGCUGGUGGGUGGCGUGGAGCUUCAGGAACAAACAGUAAAGAAUGAAAAGAUGAUGCAGCUCCUUCUCUCUCCGCCCCCGCCACCGCCGUCACCGCUGCCCAAAUAUAUUCGCCUCCCCCAUUCAAUUACACCCCUUGCUGCUCCUUUUCCAAAAUCCAAUAACCUACGGCUACGGAAGAUCCCGUCAGUCGCCCAUGUACUGAACACGACUCUGCUGUCCUUUGCAUUUUCACUGGGGGUUUUGUAUGCAUCUCCUUCCGAGGCUAUCUCACGGGAAUUCACUGCACCGCAAGAGGAGGUGGAUUGCCGUGAAGAGCAAUAUUAUACGGCUGAUGAAUCGGAGGUGAAAGCGGUGACGAAUGAGGAGAUUGUGGGAGAGGCGUGGCAAAUCGUGAAUGAUAGUUAUUUCGACACUGGUCGGCGUCGAUGGUCUCCUGAUUCUUGGCUCAAAAAGAAAGAAGAUAUAUCAAGCGCUUCAAUUCAAACAGCAUCAAGAGCACACGAGAUAAUCAAGCGAAUGUUAGCCAGCCUGGGAGACCGUUACACGCGUUUUCUUUCUCCGUCGGAGCUCUCCAAGAUGGCAAGAUAUGAUAUGACUGGAAUUGGGAUAAACUUAAGAGAAAUUCCAGAUGAUAAAGGGAUGAUGAAGCUGAAGGUUUUAGGACUUAUUUUAGAUGGACCCGCUCACACUGCUGGAGUCAGGCAGGGUGACGAGUUACUGUCUAUUAAUGGGGUCGAUGUGCAAGGAAAAUCAGCAUUUGAAGCCUCAUCAAUGUUACAAGGUCCUGGUGAAACAUUUGUCAAUAUCACGGUCAAGCAUGGGAACUGCGGACCUGCACAAUCAAUAAAUGUUGAAAGGCAAUCAGUUGCCAAGUCUCCAGUGUUUUACCGAUUGGAGCAGUCUAAGAACAGUCCGGGUCCUGUUGGCUAUGUGAGGAUAAAAGAGUUCAACGCUUUGGCCAAGAAAGACUUGGUCACAGCAAUGAGAAGACUUCAAGACAUGGGCGCUUCUUGCUUUGUACUCGAUCUUAGAGACAAUCUUGGUGGCCUAGUGCAGGCUGGCAUUGAAAUUGCUAAACUCUUCCUCAACAAAGGAGAAACAGUUACUUACACAGUUGGCAGGGACUCAAUGUCAUUGAAAAAUAUUGUUGCUGAUAAUCGACCGCUGUUUAGUUCCCCUGUUAUCGUUUUAGUGAACAAAAAUACUGCCAGUGCCAGUGAAAUUGUUGCUACAGCACUCCAUGACAACUGCAGAGCUGUUCUUGUAGGUGAAAGGACAUACGGAAAGGGGUUGAUUCAAUCUGUCUUUGAGCUCGAUGAUGGUUCUGGCAUGGUUGUCACUGUUGGGAAGUACGUCACGCCAAAUCAUAUGGACAUCAAUGGCAAUGGGAUUGAUCCUGAUUUUCGCAACAUUCCCGCGUGGAAUGAAGUCACUAGAUUUCUGUCUGAAUGCCACAAGCAACAAGAAGGAUAAUCGACUGCAGUUCUUCUUGCUACCCACUCGAAGUUCUUGAGAUCAUCCAGUUUCUCUAAAGCUAAGGGAUAUUCAACUAGUUUCCCGGAUAAAAUGUUUGACAUUAUAAUCCCCCAAAAGCUCGUGAAAGAUGGAUCGGUUUAAUGCAGAAGAGCUGCUGCACAGUUACAUUCACCCGGGCAUUCUCAACCCAAAACACUACAACAGCGUAUGCCAUACCAUAAUCCCGGUACUAUCGACAACACGCGAACAUUUAUGUUCUUGAAGUCUACCUUCAUACUUGACUGUUUUGGGAUAGCAAGAAAUUCACAACUCUGUAUAUUAUCUCAUAUUUUGAAUUAAUCAGAAUUCCUUUUACUUCCA